AACUGAGCCCAGAGCAAGCAACGCGGGAUCCACAGAACAACAACCUUUUACAGCAGCAGCCGCCUCUGAUUAAAAUUAUCAGCUUUAUCAGACUGCACCAAGACCCAGGACUGCUCCUCUGAGGAAAGAGAGGACUAAGCAAUGAUGAAGACCAUUUCCGGUGGAAACUGCACCCUGAAUGUGCCAGCCAAGAACUCAUACCGCAUGGUAGUGCUGGGAGCCUCCAGGGUGGGGAAAAGUUCCAUUGUCUCACGCUUUCUCAAUGGCCGGUUUGAGGACCAGUACACUCCCACCAUUGAGGAUUUUCACCGCAAAGUCUACAACAUCCGGGGCGACAUGUAUCAGCUGGACAUCCUGGACACCUCCGGGAAUCACCCUUUCCCUGCCAUGAGGAGGCUUUCCAUCCUGACAGGGGAUGUUUUCAUUCUGGUAUUCAGCUUGGACAACAGAGAAUCCUUUGAUGAGGUCAAGAGGCUCCAGAAACAGAUCCUUGAGGUCAAAUCCUGCCUGAAGAACAAGACCAAGGAAUCAGCUGACCUCCCCAUGGUGAUCUGUGGCAACAAAAAUGACCACAGUGAAAUCUUCCGCAAGGUACGCUCAGAUGAAGGCGAGAACCUUGUCUCCAGUGACGAAAACUGCGCUUACUUCGAAGUUUCAGCCAAGAAGAACACCAAUGUGGAUGAGAUGUUCUAUGUCCUCUUUAGCAUGGCCAAGCUACCUCAUGAGAUGAGCCCUGCCCUCCACAGGAAAAUCUCCAUCCAGUAUGGUGACACCUUCCAACAGAAAUCCUUCCGGAUGCGCCGAGUCAAGGACAUGGACGCCUACGGCAUGAUCUCUCCCUUUGCUCGCCGGCCAAGCGUCAACAGUGACCUGAAGUAUAUUAAAUCAAAAGUUCUCAGGGAAGGUCAGUCAAGGGAGAGGGAGAAAUGCACGAUCCAGUGAAGGGGGCUUGCACUUCUGUCUGAAGUCAUCAUCCACAUGCAGUGCCUUAAAGAAAAACGGUCUGUGGAAGCACAGAAUGGGCUCAUGGGGUUCAUCGAGAAAACCCAACAUGGAGAAAGGAUAACUCUUCCUGAAUGUAAAUAACAUCGUCCUUGUAAACGACUGGGAAAAUCAUAUGCCUGAGAUGAUACGAGUGCAUUGCUCUGUCUUUGCAAUGUAGUUCCCCUUUAUACCCCUUUUUGUUUAAAGAAUACAGACCUGAGAAGUACAGAAAUUUCAACCUCAUCCUUACAAAGAAAGUGGGUCAAAAAUGCACAAAAGGCAUUAACAGUUACCCAGCAUGCGGCUCUUGCUAAGAGAGAGAAGGUUACAUGUAUGUGUGUGUGUAUCUCUGUGUGUCUGUGUGCAUGCAUGUGUGGAGCACUCCUUUAAAACAUGGGACUUGCAUUUCAAAGGACAACAGUCUUACUGAGGUUUCCUAGAUUGGGAGUGGACUCUAUAUACGGACGCAUGACUCUAACUCACUUCUGAGGGGACCUGCAUUAAGAAGAUCUUGAUUUUAUGUUUGCUGGGACAGUUAUCAUUUGUCAUCAACAUGAAUGUGGUUUUUUUUAUUACAGAUUUUAUUUGGGAUUUUUUUUUAUUGUCUGGGGGUAGGUUCUUAGCAAAAUCAGAUGACAAGUGUGUCUGAUAUCAAAACAGUGUCUACUUUCUAGCAGUGAAAGGUGUUUUUCAUCUGUAUAACUAACUAUAUAGUAUGUAUAUUGAUUGAAAGUGAAUUUGUUCUGCCAAAAGCCAAUACAUUUGACUGC